AUGCCUCCGAAAGGCGGGCCAAAGAACGCAUCAAACCUCAGCGAGCUAGUGAAAGCCUUCGCCGAGGCAUUCAAGGCAAGUCAGGAGCAGCUCGCCAAAGCCUACGACGACCUCGCCUCUGGCUAUCAGAAACACGAAUCCAAGCUUCCCAAGAACCGACCGCGAAUUCCCUUCGCCGAGUGGGCGUCCCGCGAGAUCGAAGGCCCCAUCCUCCGCCGCGUACUCGAGGCAAGGUUCGAGUCACACUGGGAUUCCCUGAAAAAGUCGGAGCAAGCCCGCCGGAACCAGGCCAUCGAGGCUCUCGGCUUGGAACACUCGGGAGAGCUUUAUCUAUGGUUCGGGGAAGCUGCCGUCGCAUCUCGAGAGGCUUGGCUCGGCCUUGGCUCCCUUGAAGUCACGGCUGUAACUCUGUUCUCAGAGAUCAUUGCUGGCCGCGCGGAAAAGAACAGCCGCCCUCCACAUUACUUGCGCACUACAUUCACACCAUCCGAGGUGAUUGCUGCCAAGAAGCGACUUCCACGCAUCAAGCCCGAAGUCACAAAGAAAAAUCACAGAAACAAGCUCAGAGAAGUCGAAUCGCAAGAGAAUCGAGUGGUCGAAGACAGCAACCGCGUUUCCGACAACUCUAGUCGAAAGAUUGCCGUCCCGCGCGGUGAAGACACCCAAGGCCAGGGUUCCACCAUUUCCGAGUCGUGGUGGGAGAAAGUCAGCAAGGACAUUGAAACCGACCGAGCGGUCUACAAUACUGAAUCGGCACGGCCAUCGGUCAGAGACGAAGACGCCGAGAGUCUCUUGCAAAAUUGGAACGCGGGCCAGCCCUACGACGCGAACGAAUCUCCGUCUCCGCUGUUCGACGAGGAAACCUCUGCGCCGGUGUUCAACGACGAAACCUCUGCGGACUCGGCUAUGCGCAGCAAAACAAACAGAGUGUUGGGGGCUGGAAUGGGGGCAGCAGCCAGCAGGGUGAGCCCCGGAGCGGAGGGAGCAUCUCCAGACGACAGCGCAAUUGGUAUGGAGGAGUUUGACGGACCCGUCAUCGACAGAAACGACGAUUCCGGCAACCCGAAUGAGGCGUUUGGUCAACCUCGCCCGGCCGCCAGCAAGCCACUGCACGACGGCAAAGCACUCGAGGCACCGAAUGCAGAGGAGAACGCUCAUGAUGCACUUGACGCACUUGAAGACUUGUUCCAAACGGGCCUUACACGCAUUGCUCAAGCCAAGGAAUGCAUCUCGGCCCACAAGAAUGAUGAGAAGGCAGCCCUCCAUGACUGCGCCGAGUUGAGGAACAAGAUGGUCCACCUCAACGAGCGGCUCAUUGCUCGGGCAGACGAGCUUUUGCGCGCAGCCGAUGGCUCGGAGGCAGAAUGGACCAAGUAUUCUCAGGGUCAUCUCGAGGCUGGGAAUUGGGAGAAGGAGCUUGUUGAGGCAGGUGGGAAGAAGCGCAAGAGGUCGGCGGACGCCAGCACCUCACAAGAGAAAAGGACCAAGGUUGAAUCGUGCGCGGCGAGGGUUGCACAACAGGUGAAGAGCGCCAGCCAAACUCUUAAUGAGCUGGAAAAGCUGUGUGAGAAAGACUAA